AUGUCUCGGCUAGCAGACUAUUUCGUGGUCGUUGGAUACGAUCACGAAAAAGAACGAAGUGGAACUAGUAAAGGAAUAAUUAUACAACGGUUUCCAGAAAAAGACUGGAAAGAUACACCAUUCAUUGAUGGAAUUGAAUGGUUUUGUCAACCGCAAGGAUGGUCUCUUUCUUCUGAGCGACAAGAACCUAGAUUUUUUGUGUUUGUUCUAACUGAUGUAGAGGCUGAAAGACAUUAUUGUGCUUGUUUGUGCUUUAAUGAAACAGUAUCAAUUACACCAAGUAAACCUGUUGAUGAAGAAGAAGAUGGUGUUAUAGAAAAUAUAGCACUUUCAAGAAACAAUCAUACAAAUCAAAGACAACAUCAUAGCAUUAUGUAUGCACCAAAGUGUUUAGUUUUGGUUUCAAGAUUGGAUUAUAUAGAAACAUUCCGAAAUUGUUUAGGUAUUAUUUAUACAGUCUACAUGGAAAAUGUGGAAACUCCUAUUGAAACAUUAGUAGGAAAUAUGUUGGGCUGUGUUCAAGUUCCUCAGCCAGGAGGUCCUCAAGUACGCUUUAGCAUUGGUGCCGGAGAUAGACAAGCAUUACAACCUCCUUUAUCUCAAACAUUACCAGUAUCCAAAAAUAUAGUUUAUUUAUUAUUUCAAGAACUUGGAAUUCAUAAUGUUGUUGUAUUAUUCUGUGCAAUUAUGACCGAACACAAAGUUCUGAUGACUUCAAGAAGUUAUAGUAGACUCACUGAAGGUUGUGCUGCUCUAAUAUCUCUUAUGUACCCAUUCAAAUAUAGCCAUGUGUAUAUACCAUUGUUACCGGCUGGUUUAGUGGAAGUCUUAUCCACUCCCACUCCAUUUUUAAUGGGCGUGCAUGCUUCUCUUAAAACUGAUGUUUCAGAACAAAUGGAUGUAAUUGUAGCUGAUUUGGAUGGAGGUAGUAUAACUGUACCUGAUGGUAUAAGUCUGCCUUUACUACCAGAACCUCUAUUAACACAAACUCAAGAUUGUUUAAGUCUAGUGCUACAACCAGAAUUGUGUUGUGCUGAUCAUGCAUUUCCUCCAACUUCUAAUACUGUUCAACCUCCACCUCCUACACUUAUUGAUAAAGAAGUGAGAGCAGUCUUUAUGAGAACAUUUGCUCAAUUACUUCAAGGUUAUCGAUCUUGUUUAACAAUUAUAAGAAUACACCCUAAACCAGUUAUUACAUUUCAUAAAGCUGCAUUUUUAGGAGAGAGAUGUUUAAUGGAUGAUGAAUUUACAACUAGAGUGUUGGACUGUAUGUUUUUUAAUGGUUUUGUUACGGAAAGAGGUCCAGCUUGGCGUUCUUGUGAUCAAUGGGAUGAAUUAUAUUGCAAUAUGAAUGAACUACUUAGGAGUGAAGCAUUAGAUGAUGGUCGUUUAGUUCUUACUCAUAUACAAGAAUUAGCUCAAGCAUUGUACUUAAAUGAAAAUCCCAAUCCUCAACCAUAUGUUCAAAAAAUAUUGAAACCUCCCGAAGGAGCAUUUACUAGAAUUCAUCAACCUCCGUUUCCAAUACUUGAAGCCAGUCGUGUUCAAACAAUUAUUGAUGAUGGUUUAGUUAAAAACAAUUUAAAUUCAAAGCUAACUUCAAUAAAACCAAUGCCCCCUCGAAUAGUACCUAUGGGACCUCCAAUAACAAAUUCUAAUGAUCUAAGAACAACAGUUAGUAAUUCAGCUAGAAGAUUAGAAGUAUUGCGUAAUUGUAUAAAUUGUAUUUUUGAUAAUAAAAUUUCGGAUGCACGUAAAACAUUUCCUGCUGUGUUAAGAGCUCUAAAAUGUCGAGCUGCUAGGCUAGCUUUAUGUACUGAACUUGCACAGCAUGUUCAAGGAAAUAAAGCUAUGCUCGAGCAUCAACAAUUUGAUCUAGUUGUGCGGUUGAUGAAUUGUGCUUUACAGGAUGGUUCAGCUAUGGACGAAUUUGGUGUAGCAGCUGCUCUUUUACCUUUAGCUACUGCCUUUUGCCGUAAAUUGUGCACUGGAGUUAUACAAUUUGCAUACACAUGUAUUCAAGAUCAUGCAGUUUGGAAAAAUCAAUUAUUUUGGGAAUCUGCUUAUUAUUUAGAUGUACAACGAGACAUAAAAUCUUUAUAUUCUGACAAUAAUUUCUCAAGUCAUAAAAAGUCUUCAUCAAUGAAUUUAUCUAGCCCCCGUGAAAACCAUAAUAAGGAUCAUAUCUUAAAUGACAGAUUUAGUCGUUCACAAGAGCUUUCUGCUUUAGAAAUAGCAGCUGAACAAAUGAGAUUACGCCCAUCAAACAAUUCUGAUAAACUUAAAGAAUAUAUAUCAAGUGAAGAAUCGACAUUAUACAGUCAAGCUAUACAUUAUGCAAAUCGUAUGGUGUAUUUACUUGUUCCAUUAGAUGUUGGUGGGAAUAAUGUUAAGAGCUCAUCAAAUCAUCAAUCAACUAAUAAAAAUAUAGAUGACGAAAGAACAUCUAAUAGUAUAACUAAUAGUGCUGUUGAUAGAUCUGGUAGUGCCUGUGAAUCUGAUGUUGAAAGUGGUUUUGUUGAACCCGAACCUAAUGAAAUUGGUAACAAAGUUAUUAAAAUGGUAAGCCGUUUUGUUGACAAAGUUUGUACUGAAGGAGAAGUCAGAGAAGAACACAUUCGUUCUUUACAUCAAAUGAUUCCUGGUGUGGUACAUAUACAUAUUGAAACAUUAGAUGGUGUCAAUAGGGAGUCCAAGAGAUUGCCACCUAUACAAAAACCUAAAAUAUUGACACCAAAUAUGCUACCGGGAGAAGAACCUUUGAUGGAUGGUUUAAGAGUAUAUUUGUUACCAGAUGGAAGAGAAGAAGGUCUAGGAGGAUUAGUUGGUGGACCACCUUUAUUGCCAGCAGAAGGAGCAAUUUUUAUUACAAAUUAUCGUAUUGUAUUUAAAGGAACUCCUUUAGAUCCUUUUGCUUGUGAACAAAUUGUAGUUAGAUCAUUCCCUGUAACUUCAUUAACCAAAGAAAAACGUAUUACAGUUCAAUAUUUGGCACAUUUAGAUCAAUGGCUACAAGAAGGUCACCAGUUUAGAUCCUGUACAUUUCAGUUAAUCAAAGUGGCAUUUGAUGAAGAAGUGAAUGCAGAAGAUAUUGAAUGUUUCAGAAAGUUUAUACAUAAAGUACGACAUCCACCAAAUGUAUUUAAUCAUUUUGCAUUUACUGGUCAAAUUCCUAUUUAUGAAAUGCCCAUGACAAAUGAUAAAGAAAAAAAUGCUACUCUUAAGGGAUUUGCAAAAAAAACAUUAAUGAAAACUGCUAGAAAAGCCGGUUUUAAACAGAAAAGUUCAUCUAAACGUCAUAAGUAUGUUUUACCAAAUAUAUCAAAUAAUUCAAUAAAUAAAGGAAACAAAUAUUUGACUACACCUGGUCGGAUGAGUCUUCCUCCCUUUAAUAAUCUGGAUGACAUAUCUGUGAAUGAUAUGGAUAUCAACUCAAUGAAUUCUCCCAAUAUUGUUUCUAAUGUUUCUGAUCCAAAAACAUUAGAACGAGUUACAGAAAGGAGUUAUGUAAGAGAUUGGAUUCGGCUUGGUCUUGCUCCAAAAAAUACUAGUUCUUCUAAUAUUGGUCAAAAAAAUAACAAUAAAGAAACAUUUAAAAUUACUACUCUUAAUUCAGCAUACUUAAUGUGUCGAAGUUAUCCUGCACUCUGGGUAGUUCCAUCAAUUACAUCUGAUGAUGGCAUUAGAAAGUUUUAUCGAAAUUAUCGUCAUAGCAGAGUUCCUAUUAUUACUUGGCGUCACCAACAAACAUCUGCACUAUUAUUACGUGGAGCAGGAUAUCAUGGCAAAAAUCUUAUUGGAAUGUUAAAAUCAACACAUCCAUCAUCUACUGGUACAUUAAAUUCAGAAAGUAGCUCUUCUGUAGAACAAGAAAGAUAUUUAUCAGCUAUUGUUGCUUCAACACCUUUAUCAACUCUACGUCAUAGUGGUGCUGCAUGGGGAUUAUCAGAUAGCAGCCUUAGUAUUAAUUCUCUUCUUAUGGCUGCAGAUGAAGAUAUUUUAUCACCAGAUGUUUCAAGGAGAGGUCCUACAAGAUCAAGUGGUGGUAAUAAACAAUUUGGACGCUGGGGCUCAUUAAAAGAACGUCGUAAUAUUAGUUCUUCGUCAAAUAAUAGUUACUCUUCUCCAAUGUUCCAAAAUCAACAAUAUGGCCGUAUGUCUAUAGCCGAUCCAGAUUCAAAUUCAGAUAGUCCACAUGAAUUUCAUAGAGCUGCAUUAUACAUACUUGGUGAUAAAACUCAAAUGAAGGGUAUGAAAGGUGAUUCUAUUAUGAAAAUUGAUUUUAUCCCAAUUGAAUAUGCUGAUAUUCGUCAUAGCAAGACUUCUUUUAAAAAACUUAUGCGAGCAUGUGUACCAAGUUCUACUAGUAAUGAACCAGAGCAUUCUUUUUACAAAAUGAUUGAAAAUUCUGAUUGGCUACAACAGCUACGAAAUAUAAUGCAGUUAUCAGGAGCUAUAGUAGAUCUCAUUGAUGUGCAAGGUUCUUCUGUCAUGUUAUGUUUAGAAGAAGGAUGGGAUAUAACUUGUCAAUUAUCAUCAAUAGCACAAUUAUGCAUGGAUCCAUAUUAUCGUACUAUUGAAGGAUUUAGAGUAUUGAUUGAAAAAGAAUGGCUUGCAUUUGGUCAUCGUUUCAGCCAUCGUAGUAAUUUGGCUACAGCGUCACAGGCUUCUGGAUUUGCACCAACUUUCUUGCAGUUUCUUGAUAUUGUUCACCAAAUCCAUGGCCAGUUUCCAUUGUCAUUUGAGUUUAACGAUUAUUAUUUAAGAUUUUUGGCUUAUCAUUCAGUAUCUUGUCGAUUCCGAACAUUUUUAUUAGAUUGUGAGUUAGAAAGAGUAGAGUGUGGAGUGGCCGCUGUUGAAGACAAAAGAGGAUCACUUACAUCACAUCAUAAAAGUGUUGACACUGGUUCAGAUGAUGAUAUUGUUUAUCCAGGAGGUCGUAUAGCUGGUAACAAUAUUUCAUCUCAUUAUGUACCAAAUUUAGGACAGUCAGUGUUUGACUACAUUGAAAAAUAUAAUGCUCGUACAUCAAUAUUUUACAAUUUCAUGUUCAUGCCUAAUGUUGAACAACCGGUGUUAAGACCACAGUCAUCGUUGCCAAAUUUAAAUGUGUGGCAGUAUUAUUUAAAUGAAGAAUUAGCGCACGGACCAAGUUAUGAUUUGGAGAUUAUUCAGAUGGAUAUGCAACAAGAAGAGGAGGCUGAAGCAGCAGAUGGUAUUUCUAACAAAACCUUACGAAAAGUUAUUACAACUGGAUAUAAUAUUGUGGAACGUUAUAUGCCAGAUGCAUUCAAGUAUUUAUUAGAUGAAAUUCAUAAGCUUGAAACUGAACUAGGACUUUUGCCACAAAAAUGGAAAGUGCUCUGGGAUAAAUUAGAAAUUCCUGAUACAGCUGAUUCUUUAAAGAGGCACGCUUCUUUUAGUACUCAAUUGGUUAGACAUCAUGGGCGAUUAUUACACAAACGGUCUACACUAGAAAUUCUUAUGCGUGGUAAAGCAAGCAAUACAACAUCCUCAAAUGCAGACACAAAUCCACCUCAUUCACAUCCACACCGCUUUGAAAAAUAUAACUUUACCACGCCUACCUAUUGUGACUUUUGUUCUAGUCUUCUUUGGGGUCCAGUAAAGACCGGUAUGCGAUGUUGUGAUUGUGGUUAUAGCUGUCAUGAAAAAUGCUCAGAAAAUGUACCUAAAAGCUGUACUAAGUACAAGGCUGUAAGUGACAGAACGUUAACAAAUCAAAAUGCCAAUAGAACAUGUGGUGAAACAACUUCAGUAAAUUCAAAUAUGAAUGGAAUCCAUCAGCAGUACUAUGAGCAGUUUUCAUCUAAUGUAGCUGAAAACAGGACUCAUGAAGGUUAUUUAUACAAACGUGGUGCUCUCUUGAAAGCAUGGAAACAGCGAUGGUUUGUUUUGGAUUCAAUAAAACAUCAAUUAAGAUACUAUGAUUCUAUGGAUGAUUCUCAUUGCAAAGGAUAUAUAGACCUUGCUGAAGUAAUGUCUGUGUCUCAAGCAAAUCCAACGCCAGGUGCACCAAAAAAAACUGAUGAUAAAUCAUUCUUUGAUUUGCGCACCAACAGAAGAACUUAUAAUUUCUCAGCUAGUGAUAUGACUACUGCACAAGAAUGGAUAGAAAAAGUCCAAGCUUGUUUACAAUAAUCAACUACUGUCUUUAAACAAUAUUUAUACAAAAUUACUUAUUUGUUGUGAAAUAACUGUAAGUUGGCCAAAUUACUGAUAUGAAAAAAAAUAUAUACAUAUAUAUGAGGUCAUCUUAUCGUUGAAUUGAAAUGAAAUGUGAUAAUUUUGUACAUUGUAACUAUUUAUUUUUCAUAACUUCUUUUUAUCGUUUUUAUUAUUAUUAUUAUUACUAUUAUUAUUAUAAUUAUUUAUGUCUAUGUGUUGUAUUAUGAUUUGUAUAUAAACACUUAUAUACAUAAGCAACAGACUCAAGGGUAUUUCCAAAGCGAGCAAUAAUUUAAAUAAAUUGAAAUACAUGUACCAUUUCUUCAAUUA